GUUCGGGGGGAUCCGAAUACGGCCACGGUAUCCCCUGCCUGUCGUAAGAGGCGACUAAAAGGGGGUUGUAUGGAGCGAGCGAGGCAGUAUCAAGUAAAAGUAAGGAUAAGAAACAGAAAAAAAUUUACGGUGAAUGCGUGAAGUAAUGUACGGCGCGAAUAAGAAGCGAGUUGAAAAAUAGCGCGUAUACGCGCGUGGCUGAUAAUUUUCGGUGGGCAAAAAGGGACCGAUGUAAAGGGUCCCUAAAAUACGCCACCCCUAAAUGGGGAAACUUGAAGUAAAGUGAAGUUAUUUAGUUGAUUACCAUCAUUUAACGUCCAGGUACGUAAUAUUACGUUGACAUGCUUUUAAACAGGGAUCUUAAGACGAUGGUUAAGACUGUUGCAGUGCGAAGUAUUUCACGUUUUUAUAUUAGGAUAGAGCAGUCGGCGUUCGUUCUCAAGGCACAAAUUCAAAACCCUUUGAAAACAAAGGCAUGUCUAGUCUUGUUGGAUCUACAUAUAGUUAGCAAUCUAUAUAGUGCAUCUAACGAGAUACGAACUCUCGGGCGCGAAGCAGGGUCGACUCACGGUAUAUCGAUCCCUGCAUACUAAAAAAUAAGAAGCUACUUUUUUUGGAACAAUAACAACAGGUGUAAAGUCAUCUCCCAAAAUCAUGACAUAAUUUUUGCGUACCCUAUAUACGGGAUUUUGCUAUGAUCGCGGUGUGCGUAUUUGAAAAACGCUAAGUUCCCCCCUGCUUUUCUAAAGGGCCCAUGGGAAGAGACCGUCGAAAGUUGGCCCUGAACUCGACCCUUGACAGCCAAUAGUAACAUCCAGCACAUGAACACCGCGCAGCUGUUUUGUUUAUAUUUACUGACUCGUCUCGUUGGACGGACUAUAGUUACUUCAAAAAAUAUGGAUCCACGUAUAAUUUUGCUAUUUAUACUUUCCUUUAAACGAGGAAUAUGUUUUGAAGAAUGUAACCCCAAUGUAGCGAUUAUAGGUGGUGGUAUUGGUGGUGCAGCGAGUUCACAUUUUCUUACAGAAUUAUUUAAAAAUAAUGUUAAUAUUGAUUUAUACGAAGCAAAUACUAUUGGAGGACGUUUAGCUACUGUAGAAAUUGAUGAUAACAAAUUUGAAGCUGGUGGUUCAAUUAUACAUUCUCAAAAUAAAUACAUGCAAGAAUUUGUUAAAUUACUUGGUUUAGAUGUUAGAUCAAAUAAUAAUCAAAGGGCAAGCAUUUGGGAUGGCAAUGAAAUUAUAUUUGAAGAAAGUAAAUGGGAAUUAAUAACUUUGGCUAAAUUAAUUUAUAAAUAUGGUACUCAGCUAUUUAGCCUUAAUAGAUAUAUAAGUUCUAUAUUAAAUAAGUUUGAAAAAAUAUACCAUCUACAGGAUGCUGGAUAUUCUUUCAUAAAUAUUUCUAGCUUUAUGUUGGCUAUAAAUGCUGAAUUUCCAAGAACUUUACAAAUAUCUAUUAAGAAUGAGCUUUUAAAUUUGGGAUACUCAGAAAAAUUAAUUGAUGAAAUUGUUAAAACAACAGUGGUAGUAAAUUAUGGUCAAGAUACAAAUGUUCAUAGUUUUGUUGGAUUUGUUUCUUUAGCUGGAGCAGGUUCCAACUUGUGGUCUGUCAGAGGAGGAAACAAAAAGGUACCUGAGCACUUAAUAUAUAGGAAUAAAAAUGUAAAUGUUAUACCUUCACAUGUCAUAAAAGUUGUUAAUAUGUUAACAAAUGGUACUAAAAAUCUAUAUGAAGUGCAUUAUAGCAAUAAAGAUAGUACUGUGAUAAUGAAAUCAGUGUAUGAUAUUAUAAUUAUUGCAACUCCACUUAUCCAUGAUCAGAAAUUUCCUAUAACUUUUGAAGGAUUUCCAAAAAAUGAUUUUUAUAGUAUAGGAAAAUAUCAUGAAACUAUAGCAACAUUUAUUAAAGCAGAUUUAAAACCAUACUACUUUGGUUUAGAAGAAGAAGUAGAUAAUAUUCUAAGUUGUAAUCCAAAUAAAACAGUAAUUAGUGCUUUAGGAAGACUGAAUUCUGUGGAAGGUACAAUGAAAAAUAGCAGAGUUUGGAAAAUCUUCAGCAACAAACCUUUGAAAUCAGAAAUUAUGAAUGAAAUGUUUUCAAAUAUCAAAGAAGUACAACAAAUCAGUUGGAAGGCAUAUCCUGAAUAUUCAUCAAAAAUUCAUGAAGCAAGCUUUAAAUUACAUAAUGCACUUUAUCAUGUGAAUGCUAUUGAGUGGGUUGCUAGUGCAAUGGAAAUGAGUGCAAUAAGUGGAAGAAAUGUUGCACUUUUAGCAUACAAUGAUUUUGUUCAAAAAUAUUGCUUAAAAAAGUCUGAAGUACAAGAAAACUCUGAUGAAAAUACACCAUCUACUGAACUAUGAUAUAAUAAUAAAAUAAAUUAUGCGCUAACAUCUCGCGACACAGAACAACCAUUAAUACACGAUAGCCAAACUAAACAAUACGGAGAGAA